AUGGAAGGUAAAGAAGUGAAGGCAAGAUUGAAGAAGGGUUUCUGGAAGCCCGAAGAGGAUUUGAUGUUGAAGAAAUAUGUGGAGACUCAUGGAGAAGGGAACUGGACUGCUGUUUCCAAGAAGUCAGGUCUGCAGAGGGGACCUAAGAGCUGCAGGCUGAGAUGGAAGAAUUACUUGAGACCAAACAUCAAGCGUGGUAUGAUGUCGGAAGAUGAGAAAGACCUCAUUAUCAGAAUGCACAAGCUUCUGGGAAACAGGUGGUCGCUGAUUGCUGGUAGACUCCCCGGCCGUACAGACAAUGAAGUGAAAAACUAUUGGAAUACCCAUUUGAACAAGAGGGCAUCUGGACGCCCAAAUAUGAACCUAGACUCUGAAAGCGACAAAAAGCGCCAAUUAUCAUCAGGUUCACAAAUUGCACAAGAAGGGAAUCUGGAGAAGAAAACUGCAGGUAGCUCAAUAGAAGAGGAAGUCAAUAUGGUUUCAGAAUUUGGUGCUGAAAAUCUGAAAAAUAUUGACUACGACAUCAAUUUACCUUCAAUUCUCACCAACUAUGCACCAUUCUUCUAUGAGGACGAUUUAUUCAUGCCCAUCCUAGAUGACUUCGUUUUGUUCGAGGCAUUUGGAACCAAUGGAGAUGAAAUCAUGAAGGAAGGCUUCCAACCACUGCUUUAA